AUGCCUACCUUUACAGAAUUCUCCGCCUCCUCCCGUGAGCUGCGCGUCCUCCCCUCUUUUGCGCCGCCUCUGCCCCGCCUUUCCCCCGCCUUCACAAAACCAUCACCUUCCUCUUCGGCUCUCAGCUCCCAAUCCGAACAGAGCGAACAAGAGAAAUAUGAAGUCGUCAUUGUCGGCGCCGGCCCCGCCGGGUUGAUGCUAAACCUUCUUCUCGCGCGCUAUGGUCUCUCUGACGAUUCGCUUCUCUGCGUCGACGCCAAGCCCAGCACGCUCCGAUCCGGCCAAGCAGACGGCCUGCAACCACGGACCCUUGAGGUCCUGAAAUCGCUCGGGGUCGCAGACGAGAUCCUCAACGAUGGCUGUCAUAUGGAGGAAGUCGCUUUCUGGAAUCCAACAGGUAAAACUGAAGGUGAUGUGAUUGAACGGACGUCCAUCGUGCCGGACGUGAGCGUACCCGCGCGCUUUCAGCACGAGGUUACAAUCCACCAGGGACGCAUUGAGCGGAUUCUAGAGACAGAUCUGCUGAGGUACUCGAAGCGCGGCGUUCAGAGGAAUACGAGACUCGUGGAUGUGAAGCUUGAUGAGGCGGAUGGGGAGUUUCCGAUUGUGGCGGUGAUCGAGGUUGGGAAUGGCGAUGGCGAAAGGGAAAAGAGGACGAUUCGCUCCAAGUACCUUGUCGGUGCGGACGGGGCGCACUCGAUUGUCCGCCGGUGCAUGGGUCUCAGUCUAGAGGGUGAAUCCUUGGACCACAUCUGGGGAGUGGUAGAUCUGGUCGUGGAUACGGACUUCCCUGAUAUUCGGCGGCGGACCGCGAUCCACUCCCCUGCGGGUUCGGUCAUGGUUAUCCCGCGCGAACGUAUUGCGACAGGCGACUACCUUACGAGACUUUACGUGCAGGUUCCCGAGAUUGAGAUUGAGGCUGGCGAUGAUCGGCGGGCGAAGGAUGCCGCGAAGGCACGCAGGGCGGGCGUUACGCUGGAGAGUAUUUUCCAGCAGGCAGCUGAGGCGUUCAAGCCGUACUAUAUCAGACCCAAAGAAGAUGGUUCUGUGGAUUGGUGGGCGGCGUAUCAGAUUGGCCAGCGCGUGUCUGGGCAAUUCACCGUCAAGGACUCGAAGGGGAUUAACCGGGUGUUCAUUGCUGGCGAUGCAUGCCACACGCACAGUCCUAAGGCCGGCCAAGGCAUGAAUGUCUCCAUGAUGGACUCCUACAACCUAGCCUGGAAGCUUAUCUACUCGAUCCAUGGCCUUACGCCUGGCGCUCUGGACUCCGCAAAACCCGAUCCCGUUCUCGACACAUACCAUCUGGAGCGACACACAAUAGCUCAGCAACUCAUCGAUUUCGACCGCGCUUUCUCCUCCAUGUUCUCUGGCAAGAUCGGCUCCGGCGACGGCAUCGGCCAAGCCCUAACCCAUGAGCAAUUCCUUGAAGUCUUCAGCACUGGCAAUGGCUUCACAAGCGGCUGCGGGAUCGAAUAUCCUGCAAAUAUCACAGUCGAGAAAUUCACUGACAAAUCUACAAGAAGGAACCCCAUCAAGGGUACGGACUAUCUCAGUGGGAUUCUGUGUCCAGGACGGAGACUACUGAAUGUCAAGGUCAAGCGCUUUGCUGAUGGGAAUCGGAGGGACCUACAUGACGGCCGCUUCCGCAUCCUGGUUCUUACCUCCUCCGACCUCCUAGAUCCAACCGGCACAUCCGCGAAAACACUAAAUACCCUCUCCAAACAAACUAUCCCUUCCUUCCCAGCAUCCACAAUCGAACAAGUCGUCAUCCACCCGCGUCUCCCCACCAGCAAUGACUCCAGCAACGGCCCUAACAGCACCAGAACAAACACAAGUAAAAACAAUGCGUACCCCUACGACACGUUCACGUGGCGCGAUCUCCCCGCGGCACUCAAGGAGCGCUCCGAGAUGCGUUUCUACAGCGGCUGCGCGCUUGAUGAUGUUUACGCUGCUUAUGGAGUUGCUGAGGGCGAGGGUGCGAUUGCCGUUGUGAGGCCCGAUGGGUAUGUGGGUGUUGUGGCAGCCUUGGAUGAUGUUAAGGCCGUGGAGGGGUAUUUGGGGGGCGUUUUGAGAGGAGUUUAGACAAUCCAUUUUGUUAGCUGGUCUGAAAUGAGUGUAUAAUAAAGGAUAUACUUUGUAUCGGACA